AUGGCGCACCUACCCGGAAACCCAAUCGAAGGCCCCCUAGUCUGGAUCGACCUUGAGAUGACAGGCCUCAACACGACAAAAGACCACAUCAUCGAAAUCGCCACAAUCAUAACCGACGCCCACCUCCACAUCAUCGCCGAAAUGCCCUCCCUCAUAAUCCACCAACCGCGCGCCGUCAUGUCCGCCAUGGACGACUGGUGCACGACCCAUCACCGGGAUUCCGGUCUCACAUCCGCCGUUCUCGCCUCCACACUCAGCAUCACCGACGCGGAGCGCCAGACACUCGCCUUCAUCAAGAAAUGGAUACCAACGAAGGGUGAGGGGGUGCUCGCAGGCAACUCGGUCCACGUGGACAGGAUGUUUCUGUGCAAGGAGUGUCCACAGUUGGUGGAGUGGUUGCAUUAUCGGAUUGUGGACGUGAGUACUGUGAAGGAGCUUGUGAGGAGGUGGAUGCCGGGGGUGGCGGAUGGGGUGCCGCCAAAGGGGUUGAAGCAUCGAGCGUUGGAUGAUAUUAGGGAGAGUAUUGAGGAGCUUUGGUAUUAUCGGAAGGCGGCGUUUAGAAGUCCUUAG